UUUUCUAUUUCUUUUUUUGUUAUAUUCCUUGUUGUUGUAUGUUUGUUUGGUUGGUGGAGUGGAGUUUGUUUCUAUGGAGUUUCUUUUAAGGGAUUGUAUUGUUUGUGCUUGUGGGGCAGGUGGACCUUUGAAGAGGAAGGUUUUCCAUAUUCUUCAUUCUCUCUGAGUUUUCCAUAUUCUUCAUUCUCUCUGAGCAGAUAAAGUAUGCAAACACCAAAAGCAAGACCUGCGUCACUGGAUGUGCCUCACAAGGUGUCUCCUGCCACACCGCGGACAACCCGGAAGCUCAAAACUCCAGGAUCUGAAUCUGAUCCUGUUCCGUCACCAAAUCCAGCAAGCAAAACUCCAAAAGAUAGAAGUUCCAAGGUUGUUGAUCGUCGAUCACCAAGGACUCCAGCAACUGAGAAGAAGCGACCAAACCGAGUCUCUGAAUUGGAAACCCAGCUUUCUCAGCUCCAAGAGGAACUGAGCAAGUCAAAGGAUCAGCUGAACUCGUCCGAAUCUUGGAAGAAGAGGGCUCAGCAGGAGGCUGACGAAGCUAAGAGUCAACUUGCUGCCAUGUCAUCAAAACUCGAGGAGACUGAGAAGCAACUGGUUGAGAUUUCCGAUUCUGAAGACUCUCGUAUCCAAGAAUUGCGCAAGAUCUCUCAGGAUCGAGACAGAGCAUGGCAGUCUGAACUGGAGGCUGUCCAGAAGCAGCACUCAAUGGACUCUGCCGCUUUGGCUUCUGCAAUGCAUGAGAUACAGAGGCUCAAGAUUCAACUGGACCGGAUGGCUGAAGCAGAAGCUGCCCAGGCUAGACGUGCAGAUUCAGCUCAUGCCGAUGUUCAGAACUUGAGAAUGGAACUCGAGAAAACCAUUGAUUUUGUUGAAGAAUUGAAGAGUCAGCUAAGUAAUAGUAAAGAAUCUGAAGCUCAGGCGAUUGAAGAACUCACUAGGGUCCAAAUGCAACUGGAAGUGGUGAAGACUACUGAGGAAACAGUACGUUCUGAACAUGUCAAUACUGUGGAAUCAUAUAAAUCUUUGGUAUAUGAGUUGGAGCAAUCAAAGAAUAGAGUGAAUUCUCUGGAGGAACUUGUUGGCAAACUCCGGGCUAAUCUCGACUCCAGCAACAAGAUAACAGAUCCUCCGAGCAAUGAUAACAUCUCUCCUGUGGACAAAGAACUUAAUGAAUCAGAGCUGCUGAAAACUGAACUUACCAAUUUGAAACUGGAAGUAAGUCAACUAAAUGCUGCACUAGAGGCCGCUGAAAGAAGAUAUGAGGAAGAAUAUAUUCAGAGCACAUUGCAGAUUAGGAAUGCUUAUGAACUUGUGGAGCGAGCAAAAAUGGACUCAAGUGAAAGAGAAGCUGAACUAGAGACAAAGCUAAAAGUCUCUAGAGCUGAUGUUGAGGAAUUGAAGGCAAAGCUGAUUGAAAAAGAAAAUGCAUUGCAAAGUAUUUUGUUUGAGAAAAGAGGGUCAAAUCUUAAGGUGGAUGAAGACCGGAAAACAAAAAAUGAAACUGAACUUGAAAUUGAGCUGACGAAAUCAGAGUCGGUUUUAGCAGACAUGAAGGCAAGUUUAUUUUGUAAAGAGAGACAGUUGCGGUGCAUAACAGAGGAAAAUGAGAUGCUGAAGUCUGAAAUCAUGAAAACUGAAGUAGAAAGAAGCAAAGCAAAUGAUGAGGCUCUUGUUGUGGCAGAAGAAGCACGUGCUGCCGAGCGAGAGGCCUUAAUGAAGCUUGGAUAUUUUACAGAGGAAGCAGAUAAAAAUAGUCGAAAAGCGGCACGGGUUGCUGAGCAGCUCGAUGCAGCACAGGUUGCAAAUUCUGAGAUGGAAGCUGAACUGAGGAAAUUAAAAGUGCAGGCUGACCAGUGGAGGAAGGCUGCUGAGGCAGCUGCUACAAUGCUCUCAACUGGUAACAAUGGCAAAUAUGUCGAGAGGACGUUGGACUACCAAACUAUUGGUGGAAAGUUGGAUUUGCCCUAUUCUGAAGAUAUGGAAGACGGCUCACCCAAGAAGAAAAAUGGCAACAUGCUGAGGAAGUUCGGUGUUUUGCUGAAAAAGGGCCAGAAAUAGAUUAAACAAUUGACAGGUUCCAUUCCCUUUUGCAUUGAGCUCUUCUAUUCAUUU